AAAUGUAGUUGUUGAAAUAAACUACCUAAUAUGGUACUGAUGAUUAAUUUGAUCAAUUAUGAGAGAGAGAACGUCUUUGGUCUAAUUACAUCAUUAGCUACGUCAUUCUCUCGUAGGAUGGUCUUCUUUAUAAGUUAUAACAUUGGACAAAGGUUGUGUUAGAAAGUAGCCAACAUCCUACUUUUCAACUUCCUUUCGUACCAAGAAGAUCUCAAUCGGAGAAAAGAUCAUAAUCAAUGGCGGAUUCGAGUGGAGUCGUCAUUCCAAUUAUAGACUUGAAAGAUGUUUCUGAUAAGUGCUUGAAUCAAAAAAUCCGUGAAGCAAGUGAGAAAUGGGGAUGUUUCAUGGUGACAAACCAUGGAGUUCCACUGUCUUUGAUGGCUGAGAUGAAGAAGAAUGUUAGAGAUCUCCAUGAACUUCCAUGUGAGGUGAAAAGACGAAACAUCGAUGUGAUACUAGGAACCGGUUACAAGCCUCGAAGUGAUUUGAAUCCUUUGUAUGAAUCAUUUGGUCUGUUUGACAUGGCAUCUCCUCAAGCUGUCAAUCACUUUUGUGACCAACUUGAUGCCUCUACGGAUCAAAGAGAGAUUAUGCUUAAGUAUGGAAAAGCUAUUGAUGGUCUUGCAAGGGAACUAGCAAGGAGAUUAGCGGAGAGUUACGGAGUAAAGGAUUCACAUUUUUUUAGAGGAUGGCCGAGCCAGUUUCGGAUGAACAAAUAUCAUUUUAAACCGGAAACAGUUGGAAGACUUGGUGUGUCUUUACACACAGAUCCUGGUUUCUUGACCAUUCUCCAAGGUGAUGAGAAUGUUGGUGGGUUUGAAGUCAUGGACAACUCUUCAGGAUCUUUUGUCCCCGUAAGCACGUUGCCGAACACGCUUCUUAUCAACCUUGGUGACAUGGCUACGAUUUGGAGCAAUGGGAGGUUGUGCAAUGUGAAGCACAGAGUGAAAUGCAUAGACGCAAAAGUGAGGAUUUCUAUAUCCUCAUUCCUGUUAGGACCAGUGGAUAGUGAUCUCGAAGCUCCUGAUGAGUUUGUGGAUGCUGAUCAUCCAAGACUAUACAAGCCUAUCAGCGACGUAGGACUAAAAAAGAUUAGACUGAGCAAGGAUCUGCAUGCUGGCGAAUCUCUCAAGUUUAUAACCAUAAAAGACUUAAACGACUCAACGAUAGAUUAAAGGCGGCUGUAAUACUACCGAUCGUGAACUGUCCUCAAAUAUUGUUCCCUACCCCUAGUAAGACAAAUAAAGAUGCAUCUUCAUCAUAAUUUUGUUGCUUAGUAAUUUGUUUUUUAAGUUAUAUUGUACAGUAUACGAAUAAUUAUGGGAAAGAUUAAA